AUGUACAAAUUCAAUCUACCUUCUGAAUCACCAGAUUUUGGUAAAAGAUUAACUUAUCGCCCAAUAUCUGGAGUCAUUGCUCAGGCAUAUGGUUCAGCAAGAGUGAAGAUGGGUAAAACUGAAGUCAUACCUUUGACUUGUCAUCUCAACUUGUUGACCAUAUCAAACAUCACUGCUGGAAACAAGGAGCAGAUUCAGACAUUCAUUGAAGCAAAUGUCAUUGGCCCUCUUAUUCAUCUGCUUCAAAAUGAAGAAUUUGACAUCAAAAAGGAGGUUGCAUCAGCUAUCUCAAAUGCUACUUCUGGUGGAAGCCAUGACCAAAUCAAGUAUUUGUUUUGUUUAGUGGGGCUCGAGAAUAUAUUAAAAGUUGGUGAAGAAGAAAAGAAUUUGGGAAGAUCAGGGGAUGUGAAUCUUUAUGCACAGAUGAUUGAUGAUGGAGAAGGGUUGGAGAAGAUUGAGAAUUUACAGAGUCGUGAUAACAGUGAGAUUUAUGAGAAAGCAGUGAAGCAUCUUGAGACUUAUUGGUUGGAGGAAGUGGAUGAUGCUAUUCCACUUGGCGAUGCAGUUGCAACUCAGCCUCCUGCUGGUUUCCAUUUUGGAUACCUUUGGAAUGGAAUGACUGAUUUCGUCGGAAUUGAAAAAACAUCAUGUUUGGUUUGA